AUGGUCAUGGAAGAUGAGGUUGUACAGGCCUCGGAACCGCAGGCUGAUUCCAUGGUAGCUUUUGACAAAUCUCGUGGACUUCAGAAAAAUGAUGCUAGUAUAUCCGGACCACCGAGCAAUUUAGCGGAAACACCGACAUGGCAGAAGAUCGUGUUAUGGAUCGGCAUCAGUCUCACAUCCUACGCCAAUGGGCUUGAUAACUUCACCAUGUCCGUGUACCUAAAUACAGCGGCCUCAGAAUUCAAGGGCAUCGUCCAGUACUCUACAUUGACCGUGGUGCAAAGCAUGAUCCUGGCGGCAGGCAAACCGAUUUUUGCCAAAGUUGCCGAUGUUAUUGGUCGAGCGGCGACGCUGGCAUUCUCGGUGACCAUCUUCACGGUCGGUACCAUCACCAUCUCGUCGUCGCAGAACAUCAGCGGUCUGGCAGUGGGAAUGGUUUUCUUUUCCCUAGGCAACACCGGGGUCACUUUCGUCCUGCAGCUCGUGGUGGCGGAUCUAACGUCCCCUCGCUGGCGGUGCACCAUCUCUAACGUGCUGUCCAUUCACUUUAUCAUUAAUUUUGGCGUCGCGUCCAAGAUCACCAACGCGCUGGUGCCGCAGAAUUGGCGGUGGGGGGGACCUAUCGUUGCCGUCCUGGGAUGGCAGCAGUACCAGUCGGUCCGUCGAGGCGCCAUCCGCAAGUACCCUUACGAGGGGUUGGGAUUCUGGAGCUCCGCUUGGUCGUUUGUCGUCGACAUUGACCUUCUCGGAUUGAUGUGCUUUGCCGGCGGUUUCCUCCUUCUCCUCAUCCCCUUGACCAUCGCCGACAAGGCACCCGAUGGCUACAAGAGCGGCUAUAUCAUCGCCAUGUUUGUCCUGGGCGGGGUCUUGCUCCUGAUAUGGCCGCUUAUCGAACUCCGGAUGCCGCGCCCAUUGGUGCGACUGCGUACCUUCUUCACCAAUUUGGAUAUUAUUGUCCCUGCAGCCAUCCUCUUCGUCGACCAGUUUUCCGUGUCGAUGACCAUGACGCCAGCAUUCCAGUGGAUCGAAAUCACCCACGGUUGGAGCACAGGCGAUGCGACCUACUUCCUCUACACCCAGUCGGUGUGCCUAGUCGUCUUCAGUGUCCUGGCCGGCUCACUUGCCACGUACACCGGGCACUAUAAGCGGGUAUGUAACGCCGGCGCCUGCAUUCGCAUAAUGGGCCUGGGUCUGAUGUUGAAAUACCGCACAUCCCACGCUACCACAUUCCAAGUGGUGAUACCCCAGGUUCUCAUGGGCCUCGGCGGCGGGCUCAUGACUGCCAACAUGGCUGUAGUCGCUCAGGCUGCAGUACCCCACGAUGAGCUCUCCAUCGUGACUGGAUUCGUGCUGCUGAUUCUCGAGCUUGGCUCUGCUAUCGGCAGCGCAGUUGUCGGGGCCGUGCAACAGACGCUCCGCGCCAGCCUGCACCACUAUCUAGAUCCUGUCACCGGUGGCAACGCCACCGUGGUCAAUCUCAUCUACGCCGAGGGUAGUCGCGCCGUCGCCGAUUUCCCGUUGGGCGACCCAAUCCGUGACGCGACUGUCGACGCGUGGGCCGAUAAUAUGCACAAGAUGAUCAUCGGCGCAAUUACCCUGGCCGCGGUGAACCUCGUCACCUGUCUGAUUCUACCCGACCAUGUAUUGAAGGACAAACAACAGAAUAACGUGGAAAGCCGAAGUGUCGGAAUUCUGCCUCCACGAGCGGUUCUACAUGAGUCAAACCGACGCACAUACAGCGAAGGUUGA